AUGAGGUUCUCCAUCCUUGCCGUCGCGGCUUUGACGCCCCUCGCGUCCGCUCACUAUUUCUUCGACAAGCUCAUCAUCGAUGGUGUCGAGACUCGCAGCAAUGAGUUUGUCCGGUCCAACACUCGUCCGGCCAAGUACAACCCCACCAAGUGGGAGAAUGUCCGUGACGACAUGACGCCCGACGUCAACGACUUCCGUUGCAACAAGGGUGCGUUCACCUUUGCUGGCCAAACUGGCACUGCCGAGGUAAAGGCGGGCUCCAAGCUUGCUGUAAAACUCGCUGUUGGGGCCACCAUGCAGCACCCCGGCCCUGCCCUCGUCUACAUGUCCAAGGCCCCUGCCACGGCCAAGGCCUAUGAAGGUAAUGGAGAAUGGUUCAAGAUCUUCGAGGAGAGCGAUACUCCUGACGGAGAGUAUCUGAUCCGGCCGGAACACAUUGGAGUCCACGGUGCUCAUGUUGGGCAGGCUGAGUUCUACUACACUUGUGUUCAAGUCAAGGUCACUGGCGGUGGCAACGGCACCCCGGGCCCCACUGUCAAGUUCCCUGGUGCCUACAAGAAGGAUGACCCCUCGUUCAACUUUUCCAUCUAUGGAGGUGUGAAGGAUUAUCCUAUGCCUGGCCCAGCCGUUUGGACUGGUGGUCACAGCGUCGGUUCCGCUGAUCCUGCUCCUGGCGAGAGUGGGCCAGUUCCCUCUGCCACCAGCACUGUCGCUGCCACCCCUGUCGAGAGCGAGCCUGUCUUUGCUGCUCCGAGCGAUGUCGCUACCACCGAAGCCGCCAGCCCCACCGCCGCCCCCGGUUCGGGCUCCGGCUCGGGUGGUGACUAUGAAGAGGUCUGCACACGCACUCGCCGCCGCCGCCAGCGCGGCCGCAAGGCUCGCCGUGCAUUCCGCGAGUCUCUCCGCAAGCUGUAA